AUGGGCUACACAUUUAUCGCCUUCUAUGCACUGCUCAAGUGGUCAGGUUCCAAGAACACCAGCAUGCCUGACCCCGGACACUUUGUACGCGUGCACCGAUGGACGGCAUCUGGCUCCCUCUGGAGAGCCGAUAGCAGCCCCGCCUUCUUCCUCGCGUGGCAUGGACAACGGCAGACAUUUGUGCAGAACUUUUUUAUCGAGGACUUUGCCAAGGUGGCGAAGCCUGGGGAUGUCGAUCCCCUCUCAUGGAUCAUGCUUGCUGCAUGA